AUGGUCGUGCCGGCUGAUGUGGUCCAGGCCGCGCGCGAUGGCGAUCUCGCCGUCUUGGAAGCUUAUUUCGCGUCGGAGCCGCGCGACGUCGACGAUGAUUGCGAAACUGUGCCGGGUAGGACGAUGCCCGUUCAACUUCUCAGCAUUGCGCUCGCCCCUGACUCUCCUGGCAUUGGGGACGACGAGGGCAAAAUCAGAGUUAUAAAACUGCUGUUAACUCAUGGCGCUGAUCCGAACCGCCGAAAUGGAUGGGGUUAUGUGCCGCUUGGUUAUCCCAUGUCUCGUUGCGAAGUCAAUGGCACGCCACGGUUGGUUAAGCUCCUAUUAGCAUCGGGAUCUGACGUUAGAGUGAUGGGCUACGAACGGAGUGGAAUUACGACUUCUUUUGUAGGGUUGCUACUCGACGAUCCCGCCAGAGUGCUGAUCACGGGGCCCCGCCCGUUCAAGAACCACCUCGAGGUGCUGAAGAUGUUGCUGCGAGCAGGCUCGUCGCUAGAUAAUUGCAAGGCUGGGUCUGUGAUUCACGGACCCGCGCCCAAGGAUGCCGAGUGGUGCAUUCAGCGUGCCGAACUUCAUUCGCAUGUCGCGUUGGCUUUGGCGGCCGAUGCAGACUGGGUCGCGAUGAAGGCCAUCGUCGCCGGCGUCCGGCGCGAGGGGUCGUGGAAGGCCUACUGCCGCGUCGAGCACAAGCGGCUCCUUCGCCUGAGGAGUUAUCUGGUUCGCGGCUACGCAGAGACGACGGACGCCCGCGUCGACCGCAUCCUCCGGCUGCCCAACGGCGCGUGCUGGAAUGUCCUGGCGUAUUGGCGCGAGGCCGCGUAA